AUGCAUAGCUUUCUGCGCAAGCCUCUGUCUUACACCAUAAUUCCUCCUCCGCUACCAACCGAUCAAUCGUCGGCACAGAACAACUACUACUUUACGGACUCACCCACUCAGGAUCUUCUUGCUGUGAUGGAAGCAUGCUUGCAUAACCUCUAUGAUGUUCGCCGUGCUCAUCAGAUCUUCGACAAUUUGCGUCUUCAGCGGCCAGGCGACCCAGUUCUUUCGGCGAGGCUCUACAACGCGUUCAUUGAAGCAUAUCUCGGAAUGGGGUCGACCAAGGAACCAGCGAAAAGGGGUAUUUGGAUAGAGGAUCUUUGGAUGCUGAUUGACGUGAUGGAGAAAGGAACAGAAAAGGUAUCUCCAACGGCGAGUACGUAUGCUCAUGCGAUUCUGGCCUGGUUGAGGUGA